GUUGUUUUAUCAAGCUGUCAACAGGUCAGCAGAUCCUUGCUACAACAGGAAGGGAUGGAAACAACAACAUAUAUCCUAUAGCAUUUGGAGUUGUUGAGAAAGAGGACAAAGACAGCUGGACCUGGUUCUUAACUCAACUAAAAGAUGCACUUGGUGGAGAGAGUGGAAAGUUUGGGUACUAUACUAUCAUUAGUGAUAGGCAAAAGGGCCUUUUAAAUGCAGUAAACCAUGUAUUUCCCAAUUGUCCACAAAGAUUCUGCCUUAGACACAUAUAUCAGAAUUUCCAGACAGCUGGUUUUAGAGGUGAUGAACUAAAGAAACACAUGGAUGCAGCUAGCUACUCUUAUACUAAGAAUGAACACCUAGCUACAAUGAAUGAUUUGAAAAGAGAGUGUAAGGCAGCUUGGGCAUGGCUUAAUAAAGUACCAGUUCAUACAUGGGCUAGACAUGCAAUGGAUUUAACCUGCAAGACAGACCUAGUUGUGAACAACAUCAGUGAGGUGUUUAACAAAAUGAUCCUAGGUUAGAGGCAAGCCAAUAAAGACCAUGCUGGAAGGAAUUAGGACUAAAUUGAUGGUGAAGUUUAACACAAAUAGAACCAAGACAGAGACAACAAAUUGGGAGAUUUGCCCAACAUAUGCAGAGAUGUUAGAGGAGGCAAAGUACAACUCAAGGUGGUGCCAAUCUUUGAUGGCUGGUCCUAGCAUUUACCAAGUUAGUAGUGGAGAUAACACCUACUCAGUCAACUUGCUGCACAGAACAUGUGGAUGUAGGAAAUGGGAUAUGACUGCUAUGCCUUGCAAUCAUGCAGUAUCUGCAAUUGUGAAGGCUAAGUUGCAACCUGAAGACUUUGUUGAUGAUUUCUUCAAGAAGGCAAUGUACCAGAAAGCAUAUGGGCAUAUCAUAUUUCCUGUCCCUGGUCCAAAUCUGUGGCCAAGGACAAGAACUCAGGACAUAGAGCCUCCAGUUUUCAGAGACAAAGUAGGGAAGCAACAAACAAAGAGGAGGAAAAACCCGUUUGAGAAGGCAGCACCAAGAGAUACAUCUAGGAUGGCAUCCAUUACUUGUAGCAACUGCAAACUUGUGGGGCACAGAUACACUGUGUGCUCCAAGCCCUUGAAACCAGCUCUUGCAAUGAGACAAAACCAACAUCAGCCAAACAGGUCAAAUGCUUCUGCUUCAUCUACAGCUGCUGCACCAACAAGGAAGAGGCCAUCUCCAUCUACAGAUGUUGGGACUGCUCCUGCCAGGAAGAAAGCUGCACCUGCUGCACCUGCUGCUACUGCACCUGCUGCUACUGCACCUACUGCUCCUCCAAAGAGGAGAGCUGCACCUGCUGCUACUGCACCUACUGCUCCUCCAAAGAGGAGAGCUGCACCUGCUGCUACUGCACCUACUGCUCCUCCCAGGAGGUCUCCAAGGAAGAAUGCUACCCCAACACCUACUGCUCCUCCAAGGAGGUCUCCCAGGAAGAAAACUACCCAAGCUGGUGCAUCUUCUACAUCUGCUGCAGGCCCUAGGGGAGCAUUUCAUGCUCCAAGACAGACUGGAAGGAAGAGGACAGUUUCCUACAAGAUGAAGGAGUACCUAUAUGCUUCUGGGAACUAGAUGUUGAAUUUCAUGCCUUUGUUGGCAGGUUUGUUGAAUUUGAUGCCUAUGUUGGCUGUUGAACUAGAUGCCUUUGUUGGCAGGUUUGUUGAAUUUGAUUCCUAUGUUGGCUGUUGAACUAGAUGCCUUUGUUGGCAGGUUUGUUGAAUUUGAUGCCUAUGUUGGCUGUUGAACUAGAUGCCUUUUGUCGCCUUCUGAUGGCUGUUGAACUUGAA